AAAAAAUAGUUGGUUGUGAUUAUAACUGGUGUUUAACCGAGCCUAGUCUCAGACGAAAUAAUCAAAUAACAAGAUGAGAAUCUCGCUGAUUGUGUGCGCUCUGUUUUCUCUUGCUGCGGUUGUGCUUGGUUCGCCAAGAGCAACUGGCUGUGAUUAUAACGGGGUCCACUAUGAGGAAGGGCAGAGUUUCUCGUCUUCUCCCUGUGAGUUCUGUCGAUGUUCUGCUGGUCACGCCAUGUGUGCUAUAAUGGACUGCGCCUUCCCGAUGUGUGCUAGCUACACAACACCACCUGGAGCUUGCUGCCCCGUGUGCUCAAGCAUCCUCACUGGGCCGCUAGAAGUUCUGUAAGAGCACCUCUACGUGUGAUACUAAAACCAAGUGGAACAUCCCAUUCACAAGCCUAUACAGUACUAACACCAGAAUAAAAGGGUUAAUGUUA